AUGGCAUCUUCACUCUCUAACAACUAUCACACCACUUUCUCUCCUCUUUUAACCCCAAAACCAAAACCUAAAUCAAUCAAAUUUCUUCCUUCCACUCUUUCUCUCACCAUCACAGCCUCUAUCACCCUUCCAGGCCGCAAGCUACGCGUCGCCGUCAUAGGUGGAGGCCCUGCUGGAUCCUCUGCCGCUGAGGCGCUUGCUGCCGGCGGCGUUGAGACUUUCCUUUUCGAGCGUUCUCCUUCAACCUCCAAACCCUGCGGUGGUGCCAUCCCUUUGUGCAUGUUAGAAGAGUUCUCUAUCCCUCUCCACCUAAUUGACCGCCACGUCACCAAAAUGAAGAUCAUCUCCCCCUCUAAUUUGACCGUUGAUUUUGGUUCCAAAACGCUUAGGCCUCAUGAGUCUAUCCCCAUGCUACGCCGCGAAGUACUCGAUUCCUUCCUCCGCUGCCGCGCUCAAUCACACGGAGCACAACUCAUCCACGCUCUCGUCACGGAAGUCGAUGUCCCCUCUUCCCCGAACGCCCCUUACAUUAUCCACCACUUGAUCAACAACUCCCGACAUAGUCUGGCCGUUGAUGUUGUCAUCGGCGCUGAUGGAGCCAACAGUCGCGUAGCAAAAUCAAUCAAGGCUGGAAAUUACACUUGUGCCAUUGCGUUUCAAGAGAGAAUUAAGUUACCCGAUGACAAAAUGGAGUAUUACAAAGACCUUGCUGAGAUGUACGUGGGCAAUGACGUGUCACCGGAUUUCUACGCGUGGGUUUUCCCCAAGUGUGACCACGUGGCGGUAGGAACGGGGACGGUGUGCUCAAAGCAGGAUAUUAAGAAGUAUCAGAGAGGGAUUAGAGAGAGAGUGAAGUGUAAAAUAGAGGGUGGGAAAGUGAUAAAAGUGGAGGCUCAUCCGAUACCUGAACAUCCACGUAGUAUACGCGUAGCGGGACGCGUGGCGCUGGUAGGGGAUGCUGCUGGGUACGUAACAAAAUGUUCAGGUGAAGGGAUAUAUUUUGCUGCAAAAUCUGGAAGGAUUUGUGGAGAAGGAAUAGUAAAGGCAUCUGAAGCAGGAGAGAAACUGAUAAAUGAAGGUGAUUUGAAAAGGGAGUAUUUGAGAAAGUGGGAUGACAAGUAUUUGAGUACAUAUAAGGUAUUGGAUUUGUUGCAAAGAGUGUUUUAUGGGAGUAAUGCAGGAAGGGAGGCAAUGGUGGAAGUAUGUGGUGAUGAGUAUGUGCAAAGAAUGACAUUUGACAGCUAUUUGUAUAAGAGGUUGGCUGACGGAAAUCGAGUGGAAGAUGUGAAGAUGGUGCUCAAAAGUAUUGGUAGUUUGAUUAGGUGUAACAUUUUGAGCAGGGAGAUGCAGAAAUUGUAUUAGAAUUAUUGAUGUUAAAUGUCAUCUUUUGCUUUUGUUUCACAAUUCAUUC